UUUAGCAUACAUCAAAAUACAUGGAAGUCUUGUUGAAAUAAAAACGGCUGAACUUCAUCCCAGAGUUUAUCAUCAGUAAGUCCAGAGUGAGUUUGAAAAACUUAUAUUUCUAAAAAGAUCCCAGGUGAUGCUCUUGCUGGGCAUCCAGGAGCCACACAUUUGAUUAUCUGUCAUCCCAUCUUUUCCAUCAAAUUCACCAACAAUAUGGAACCUAGAAACCAAACAGAUGUUUCAGAAUUUCUUCUUCUGGGACUUACAGAGGAUCCAGAACUGCAGCCUGUCUUAUUCAGUUUGUUUCUAUCUAUGUACCUGGCCACCCUCCUGGGAAACCUACUCAUUGUCCUGGUUGUCAUCUCUGACUCCCACCUCCACAACCCCAUGUACUUCUUUCUUUCCAAUCUCCUUCGUGAUAUCUGUUUCAGCACAACCACAAUCCCGAACAUGCUGGUGAACAUCCAAGCACAGAAUCAAAUCAUCACUUAUGCAGGCUGCCUGACCCAGGUCUGUUUUGUAAUGAUAUUUACUGGUUUGGAAAAUUGUCUCCUUGCAGUAAUGGCCUAUGACCGCUAUGUGGCCAUCUGCCACCCACUGAGGUACACCAUCAUCAUGAACCUCCACUGCUGUGGCCUGCUCUCCCUACUCUCCUUACUAACUAGCAUUGUGAAUGCCCUACUUCACAGUCUGUUGGUGCUGCAUUUGUCCUUCUGCAUAGACCUGGAAAUCCCUCAUUUCUUCUGUGAACUUGCUCAGAUUCUCAAGCUCGCCUGUUCUGAUACCCGCAUCAAUUACAUCCUAGUGUAUUUUGUGGCUACUGUAUGGGGUGGUGUUCCUCUCUCUGGAAUCAUUUUCUCUUACACUCGGAUUUUCUCCUCUGUUUUGAGAAUGCCAUCAGUGGGUGCAAAAUAUAAAGCUUUUUCCACCUGCGGGUCUCACCUUUCAGUUGUGUCCUUAUUCUAUGGAACAAUCUUUGGUGUGUACAUCAGUUCUGCAUUUACACAUUCUCCCAGGAAGAUAGCAGUAGCUUCAGUGAUGUACAGUGUGGUCCCUCAAAUGAUGAAUCCCUUUAUCUACAGCCUGAGGAACAGAGACAUAAGGGGACCCUUGAGGACAUUCAUCAGUAGAAUACUGUCAUUUUAG